GCGCGCGGCCCCGCCCCCUUCCUUUCGGCCGCGGUAGCCAUCUUUCAGUAACUCGCCAAAAUGACAAACACAAAGGGAAAGAGGAGGGGCACUCGCUAUAUGUUCUCUAGGCCCUUUAGGAAACAUGGAGUUGUUCCUUUGGCCACGUACAUGCGAAUCUACAAGAAGGGCGAUAUUGUAGACAUCAAGGGAAUGGGCACUGUUCAAAAAGGAAUGCCCCAUAAAUGUUACCAUGGCAAAACCGGAAGAGUCUACAAUGUCACCCAGCAUGCUGUGGGCAUCAUUGUAAACAAGCAAGUUAAGGGCAAGAUUCUUGCCAAGAGAAUUAAUGUGAGGAUUGAACACAUCAAGCACUCGAAGAGCAGGGACAGCUUCCUGAAGCGGGUGAAGGAAAACGACCAGAAGAAAAAGGAAGCCAAAGAGAAGGGCACUUGGGUUCAGCUGAAGCGCCAGCCUGCUCCACCCAGAGAAGCACACUUUGUGAGGACUAAUGGCAAGGAACCUGAGCUGCUGGAGCCCAUUCCCUACGAAUUCAUGGCCUGAUGUACAAAAAGAAAUAAAAGACCUGGACUGUAAAGGGUUCUUCUUAA